AUUGUGCUGCGUAUUUGGAAUAAUGAGUUGCUCGGUAUUUCAUUCGUGGGGUUGCCUGAUUUGUUAAAGCAGACAGGUACAGACUAGUAUUUUCCUCAGUCUUAAUGAAUGUCCUUCAUGGUUUGUUUACAUUUUUGCUUUUGGGCUGACAACAUGGAUUUUUACAUCUUAUCAAAUUGGGUUUCGGUUCUCAUUUUCUUGCCCUUACUCAGAACAUGACAGGGCUAUUAUUUGCAUAUGCGGAUGGAAGCUUUUUUAAAUUGUGCAAUUCUCCAAAGGCAUCUGAACUUUGAACAGCAGCCUUUUAAAAAAUGUAUUUUGGUGUCCUAAAAUCUUAAGGGGUUCCGUAAGAAUUGAACGAUCGGUCAUGUGUCAACAACGCCUGGGCAGAGGUACUCACACCAUCUCAACCUCGUCUGUGGCUGGGGGAGGGGGCUUGUGUGGGAGAAACCAGGAAGAGAAAUAGUAUUAUUAUGUAUUUGACAACUUCAACCUCAUGUAGCCUAAAUAGCUAGUGUCUAUUUGACGAAUACAUUUUACAUGCAUUACUCGACACAACGGAGACCCACUUUAUGUCAAAGCGAAAUGAAAAUUGAGAACGAUCCCGCUUUGCAACGAAAAAGGUUAAAGUUCACAGGAAGCUGGGGGGCUACCAUUUUUCCCUGCUACUUAAAUUUUAGAUGCUAGAGAGGGAGGGGUGGUUGUCGUGGUUUUAUUUAAUUUCCCCCGACUAUUGAGCUUUAUACGUUUUUUUUGGUUUCGCCACCCCUAUUCGCUAACAAAAAUUGAUGUUGAAUGAUUUCGGCAUGGAGAGAAUAGCGGAGCAGUCGUGGAAUUCUUCAUACACCUAUCAGGUGAGCAAGCAUAGCGCGGAGAUGCUACACAACCUCAACAUUCAGAGGAAAGAUGGAGGCAGGUUUUGCGAUGUGAUCUUGCGCGUCGGUGAAGACAGCUUCCCUGCCCACAAGGCGGUACUGGCGGCGUGCAGCGAGUAUUUCGAGUCCGUUUUUGGUUGUCAAACGGAGGGCGACGGGGAGGCAAAAGAGCUUGAGAUGCAUACGAUAAGCCCCAAAGUUUUUAAAGACAUUUUGGACUUUGCCUACACCUCUAGGAUUGUGGUACGAUUGGAAUGUUUCCCCGAGUUGAUGACAGCUGCUAAGUUUCUGCUAAUGCGUUCUGUCAUCGAGAUAUGCCAAGAAGUAAUCAAACAGUCCAAUGUACAAAUUCUUGUUCCACCCUCUCGAAGAGGCGACGUCAGUUUGUUCCGUGCCACAGGGGGCUCAGAAUUUAGUUUCACAUUGGCUGUAGACAACAUGUCAAAUGGGAAUGGCUUGUUGGCUAAUGGCAACAAUCUAUUUACCAACAAUGGGCAAACGCAUAAUGUGGACGGAAAUCAGGCCAAUGACACAGUCAUGUCGGAUGGCAGCCCCCAGUCCGCUAUGCCAGUCCUGCAGCCCGUGUCUCCAUCAGAGAUGACAGGCAACCCGUUCCAAGAAGAGGGCUCUUCGGGUUCCAAGAGAGGCAGGGGGCGACCAAAGAAAGGCACAGCCAUGGAGCCUAUUAAUUACAACAUCAGCACCUCUGACGUUAAAGAAGACAUUGAGCAGCUAUUUCCUUGUGGAAUAUGUGGCAAAGCAUUUACAGAGGCUGUGCGGUUGAGAAACCACGAAGCGCAGCAUGGAGCGUCCAGCCAUGGCGCGAGUAGCAGCAACUGCUUGUCUGGCGAGGGAGGCCCUACCUCGAUAUCGCACUCUGGUCAGCCCGGUCUGUUGGAGAAUGGCAUGCCCUUGCAUGGAGGAGUAGGCCUAGAUAACAGCCGUAAGCGCGAGAGGACGAGACGUCACGUUGGCUGUGACAUUUGUGGGAAGGUUUUCCGGGAUGUCUACCACCUGAACCGACACAAGUUGUCUCAUUCCGGGGAAAAGCCAUAUGCUUGCCAUGUCUGUGGCCUGCGGUUCAAGCGCAAGGACAGGAUGUCAUACCAUGUGCGGUCACAUGAUGGAUCUGUGGGCAAACCUUACGUCUGUCAAAGCUGUGGAAAGGGGUUUUCCAGGCCAGACCAUCUGAAUGGACACAUCAAGCAGGUUCACACAACAGAGAGACCCCAUAAGUGCCAGAUUUGUAAUGCCUCCUUUGCUACAAGAGAUCGCCUGCGGUCCCACCUGGCUUGUCAUGAGGACAAGAUCCCCUGCCAAAUGUGUGGGAAGUACCUCCGAGCUGCGUACAUGACCGACCACCUCAAGAAACACAGUGAAGGACCUCACAACUACUGUGGUAUAUGCAACAAAGGUUUCUCCACUGCGUCCUACCUUAAGGUGCACGUAAAAUCGCACCAUGGCUCGCCAUUGUUCCCCCGUAGUGCCCCAGCGCACGGUGCCUUCCCUGCACCGCACGGGGAGCCGCAGAUGCACGGCGGCGCCCCCUACCUCACGGGACGCCAGUGCACAGUGGAAGGCAAGCAGCCGCCCACCCCGCUCCGCUCCACCCUGCCUCCAAGCAAAGGCUAUGUCUCUUCUUGCUUUGUGUUGAUCAUCAUCUGCUCGGCUGCUUGUGGAGAAAACAUGCUGCAUCUGUUUUUGCAAAAACACAAGCAUACACAUACGCACACAAAGCAUAUAGGUAUUCCUGCCUAUGCCUGCGCAGUAAUGCUAACGCUAAAGGAUCCAUCCCCUCUGUGCCUCCAUCAGCUAACAGUAGGGACACUGUCUUCAGACGAAGCACCAUAUGUACAGCAGGCUGAUAUGGUUGUCCUGGCUAAUAUUGUGUAUAUAAAGAGCUUUUUAGGCCCAUAGCAGCAGACUUCUUUCUAAAUCAGCAUGCAUGUGUAGUUGUCUGCUCUUCUGCUUGGUUUAUAUAGUGAAGAGAGGAGAAGGAAAGUGAGAGGGAGUUGAUUAGGGAACUUCGCUUUUUACUAAGCAGAGAUCAUGUGAAUUAAGCUAUCAAUAAGGAUAACUUUUACUCAAUGGGUUAGAAUGUGUAUAGGCCUAUUUCUUGAAAUAAAAAUAUGACAUCAAUUUUUGAAAUUGCAGCCUUUGGCGUCUUCUCUAAUGGGCUACUGCCCCCCAGUGGUCAGUUUUGCGAUACUGCAGGUUGUCAGGGAUUCAGUCAGCUGAUAAAUAGCUACAACAAAGAAGUGCAUGUAUGCCUCCCCAUGUUCCAAAUGGCCUUGUUGCUCUUCAGUCAGGGUGUUCAGCAUGGCAAUGUGAACGCUGUCUGAAAACACUGUUUGUUGCUUGCUGUCAUCUCCAUCGACUUGUAGCCAUUGGCCAAACCAUGCACUAUAAUGUUGCAUGUCUAUUGAGUCAUACAGUACAGUGCAGUGUUCCUCUGGAUUCAAUGGAUCUUUUUUCAACUAUUAUUGCCAUGGCAACUAGCAGCAGCCUAUGGAUUCGGCUAUACAGUACUUCAUUCUGGUAGAGAGUGAGAAGAAGUCAAAGCAAUGUGGAGAGUAGGUUUGGGCGAUAUACCGUAUACCGGGGUAUUUAGACAUACCAACAGUACUUGUAUUUAUUUUUUAGUUGGAGGGGGGGCCCCCGGCUUGGCCACCCCGCCUCGACCACCCGCCUCGCGCUCAUUGCUAGCUAAGUGGCUAGAUGGCAAGAUCAAGCUUAUUGGUUACAGCAGAGACAAUCAAUCCCCUCUUGGAUCAAGAUCCAUGUUCCCUAAAUUGUUUUGUGCAUUAAAAAAAACAUGAAAACAUAAAAAUAUUAAAAAUAAAAAAUAAUGAAAUAGCGCCCCUUGUGUGCCCUUCCGGUAAUAACUUAUACCCCGGUAUGGUACAGAAACAGUAUAAAGGUAUGAAAAUCUGAAUAUCGCCCAACCCUAGUCGAGAGAGGUUUAGAUUCUAGGUUAAAACCUUGAACUCAAUUCAGUUUUUUGACUAGAAGUUGACUUCCUAGUGAUUACCUAUCUCCGAUCUAAAAUUGUUGCAAUGUGGUGGCAUGCUAGAAUUCUAAAUCUAUUGGCCAACUGCUUUUAUUUAGAAUAAAUAAAGUUUGCUGGCUUGGCAAGUAAUACAGGAAAAAGUUUCAUUCACUGUUUACAGUUUUGUCUAUUGUAAUCACUGGACAAAGUAAAGCUACUAAGUUAGAUUUAGUAAGGUCUGGGU